AGAAUUGUAAAGUAAAAUGAUAUAAUUAAAGUGAAACGAAAAGAAUAUAUGUUAUUUUCAUUACAAUACCAAGACAAAUUAAUGUCAUCUCAAAAAUUCCAACAUGCGAAUGGACGUUACUGCGGUAACAAUACAAAGUCAAAAUUUUUUCGCACCAUUUCUCAAAAGUUUUAAAACAUUAAUAAUAGAAGGCCGAUUCAAAGGAAGGGAGAAAAAAAAAAUACUAGAACAAAUACAACAUCGUAGUAUAAUAAAUGAUGAAAAAAGAAUUUAAAAAAAAAAAACAGUAGAAGUAAUUGAGUUAAAAAGGGGGGAGAGGGUAGAAGAUAAACAGCGACAUCUUCUUUCCUUUUCUAAUCCUUCCUCCUCUUUUUUUCUGUGUGUGUGUGUGUGCAUCCUUCCCGGGAGAGAGAGAGAGAGAGAGAGAGAGUACUGAGUGAAGAAGACGUACAUAUAAAUGACGAUAUCCCUAGUUGCAAUCACUCCUACUACUACUUGAUCCACCUCCCUUUUUUAAUAUAUAUUUUUUUUUUUCUUUUUUUGGGGGUUUCCAUCUUUCUCAGAAUUAUACUUUCUUUGUUCAAAUUUCCAGUCUCUGCUCAUCAGAAGGCGAUUGUUUUUUCACAGAGAAGAAAGAGAAAGGAAUCUCCUCCUAAGCCAACAACAACAACAACAACAUCUCAGAUGAGCUCUAUUAGCAGCAGCAAAGCAAAUAAUUAUUAGGCCACAAACAAGGAAGAUAAAAGAAAAGUGAGAAAGAGAAAUAGAGAAUUAAAAAAAAAGCCUCUCUUGUAGAGAGAGAGAGAGAGAGAGAGAGAGAAGAGCAAAGUCUAGCUAGGUAGUAGCAGCAGCAGCAGAGACUCGAAUCCCAUAGAGAGAAGAACGAAAACGAUGCUUGAGAGCUUUGCACCCUUUCACAACCUGCAGCUCUGAAAGGAGGUGGAGGAGAAGUGUAUGAAGUGAUGAAUAUGAUGAUGAUGAUGAAGACGACAUGGGAAUAGCUGCAAUAACCACAACUCCAGCGGUACUUCCUGCAGGUAUCUCAUCAUCAUCAUCAUCUGAGCAGCAAUAUUACUAUCAUCAGCCUCGCGGAAUCACAACCAAUUCUAUGUCCCAACAAGAUUAUCAUCAUCAUCAUCCACAAGAAGCAGCCAUCUUCAGUUUCUCCAAUAAUGCGUUCGACAGAUCUCCGUCGUCGUCCGAACACCAACAGCAGCACCACCACCAAAUGCAACACCAUAUAGCCCAGCAGAUCCGGAGAGACAAACUCCGAGGCUUCGACCCGCCACCGCCUUUGGUUACCAUCGAUGAGGUCGAAUCUAGUGGGAUUCCUGGGUACGAGACCGCCGGUAUGUUAUCCGAGAUGUUCAAUUUCGGCGGCAAUCAUCCGCCGCCGACUCAUCUGGUUGGAACCGAAUGGUACGGCAACCGACAAGGCGGAGGCGGAGGGAUUCUGUUGGGCGAAUCAAAAGACCAACAAAACGUGUUAGUGAACGGACGUGACUCCAUACCAAAUCCUCAUCAUCAUCAACAGCAACAGAUUACGGGGAUUAACGCCGACUCAGCAGCGGCCAUGCAGCUUUUCUUAAUGAAUCCUCAACCUCCUUCUUCUGCAAGGUCACCUUCACCUACUCACUCUCAUCAUCAUCAUCCUUCCUCCUCACUUCACUUGCUCCUUCCGAACUCUUCCACUUCUACCCUUCAUCCUCAUCACCAACAACAAGGCGGCCUUAAUUUCCUACACCAUCAUCAAGUCAAUUCUACAUCUCCGGCUGGAGGGCAUUUCGGUCCUUCCCAAUUCAACUGGAUUCCCGAUCACAGCCCCACCGGCGACGGCGGCGGUGGCGGUGAAAUCGGGGGGCCCAGCGUCGUGGAAGGUCAAGGCCUUUCUUUAUCCUUAUCUUCAUCGUUACAACACUUGGAAGCGGGGAAAGCGGAGGAAUUAAGGAUCGGGGAUGGAGCGAUGCUGUUUUUCAAUCAACCCGGAGGGUCGGGUUCGAAUGCGAACCCUUCUACUUCGUACAAGAAUUUGAGCGGGUCGAUGAUGGGUCAGAACCAUAACCAGGUUCAUAUCGGGUUCGGGUCUUCUUUGGGUGUGGUUAACGUUUUGAGGAGUUCUAAAUAUGCAAAAGCCGCACAAGAGUUGCUGGAAGAGUUUUGCAGUGUUGGUAGGAGUCAUCUCAAGAAGAACAAAUUGGCCCGGAAUAACUCCAACGUUAAUUCCAACCCGAGUGGCAGUGGCGGCGGCGGCGGAGGAGGUGGUGGUGAGAAUUCGUCGGCGACUACUUCAAAGGAUCUCCCGCCUUUGUCAGCAGCUGAUAGGGUAGAGCAUCAAAGAAGAAAGGUCAAACUAUUGUCUAUGCUUGAUGAGGUGGAUCGAAGAUACAAUCAUUACUGUGAGCAAAUGCAAAUGGUGGUCAAUUCAUUUGACCUGGUGAUGGGGUUCGGGGCAGCAGUGCCGUACACUGCACUGGCACAGAAGGCAAUGUCGAGGCAUUUCCGGUGCCUGAAGGACGCCAUCGCCGCACAAUUAAAGCACAGCUGCGAGCUUCUGGGAGAGAAAGACGCCGGCACGUCCGGCGUUACUAAGGGAGAAACGCCGAGGCUUAAGCUGUUGGAACAAAGCUUGAGACAACAAAGGGCGUUUCAUCAAAUGGGAAUGAUGGAACAAGAAGCUUGGAGACCUCAACGUGGUUUGCCUGAACGAUCCGUCAAUAUUUUGCGAGCUUGGCUUUUCGAACAUUUUCUCCACCCGUAUCCAAGCGAUGCAGAUAAGCAUCUGUUAGCACGACAGACUGGUCUCUCGAGAAACCAAGUCUCGAACUGGUUCAUAAAUGCCAGGGUCCGGUUGUGGAAACCCAUGGUAGAAGAGAUGUACCAACAAGAAGCCAAAGAAGAGGGUGAUCCUCAACAACAACAAGAUGAAACAGAAGAAACCAGCAAUUCCAAUAAUAAUCACAUAAAUGAUAAUAAUAUUAAUAACAAUUCUGCACAAACACCAAUGCCAAAAGCAGCCAGUAAUUCCAGCACCACCACCACCACCACCACCACUACCACCACCGUGGUCAGCCCAUCAACAACUGCUGCUGCUGCAGCCACUGCCACCAUGACAGGGACAGGGACAGGGACAGCAUCAUCAUCAGGCAAAAGAUCCGAAAUCAAUGACACUGAAAGCGACCCUUCAUUCUUCGCAAUCAAUAGACAAUGCUUCUCGGAAAACCAAGCAAAACUAUUACCACCACCACAUCAUCAGUACCCCCACCAUUUUAAUACUAACAAUAUUUCUGCUUCCUCCACUCCAUCGUUUAUGUCCAUCUCCAAUCCCCUCUCUUCUUCUUCCGUUGUGACGGCGGCCGGAAAUGGUGACCACCACCAGAUGGGUUCGACUAUGGUGAGGUUUGGGACUAAUGCCGGAGAUGUUUCGCUCACGUUAGGGCUACGUCAUGCCGGAAACGUACCGGAGAACAGUAGUACUUUUUCAGUCCGAGACUUUGGAGGCUGUUAAUUAAUUGUGUUAGUAUUAGUAUGAAGAAGAGUCAAUUUCAUAUUGUCUUUGUGGAAUUGUCUUCUCUUUUUUGUGUACCUUUUUUUGGGUUAAUGUAAUUGUAUAAUUUUUAGAUCAAACGUAAGAAGAUUCAAUACAAAAUUGAUAAACAUAGUACGUACGACGUUAGACUGCAACAUCAAAAUUUAUUGUAAUUGUAUAGUCAUUAUUUUUAUAUAUUUUUUGAGCUUUGAAAUUUUGUAAUCUAUUACUCCCUCCAGUCCUUAUUAUA